UAGUGUAGAACCAUUUUGAAAUGCACAAUUUAUUCAGUAACACACAGUAUGCACGCAUAGUACUUAACGAAGGUUUACAGCUUUGCUCGUUAGCAAAUAUUUUCAGUUUUUCAAGAAUCUUGCCAAAAAUGGGACCGUUGGAGAGUGCUAAGAAAGUUGCUGCUUACAAAGCAGUUGAUGAAUAUGUGAAGAAUAAUAGUGUUAUUGGAAUUGGUAGUGGAUCUACUAUAAUAUAUGCUGUUCACAGAAUUGUUGAACGUGUAAAGGAAGAGAAUCUUAAUGUCGUUUGUGUUCCAACUUCGUUCCAAGCUCGUCAGUUAAUAUUGAAUAACCACCUUCGCCUAGGUGAUUUGGAGAGUUAUCCUCAAUUGGAUUGUGCAAUUGACGGAGCAGAUGAAGUUGACUCUGAUAUGAAUAUCAUCAAAGGUGGAGGAGGUUGUUUACUUCAAGAAAAGAUCGUUGCAUCCUGUGCUAGUCAAUUUAUUAUAAUAGCUGAUUAUACGAAAAAUUCUCAAAAACUUGGUGAAAACUAUAAGCAAGGUAUUCCUAUUGAAGUAGUUCCAAUGGCAUACACUGUCAUUCAAAAAAGAAUAGAAGAUAAUUAUGGAGGAUUUGUAAAAGUUAGGAUGGCUUUGGCUAAAGCUGGUCCAGUUAUAACAGACAAUGGUAAUUUCAUUCUCGAUUGGCAUUUCCCACAACAUUUGAGUAAUUGGAAUAAAAUUAACAUAGAUAUCUCGAUGAUGCCUGGAGUUGUGGAAACAGGACUUUUUAUAAAAAUGGCGGAAAAAGUGUUCUUUGGAAUGCCUGAUGGUAGUGUUAAAGAACAGUUCUGAAAUGUAGUUUAAAUGUUAGGUAUAUUUUUCAUGAUAUUAGUACUAUUGACUAAGACUUAAUUUAAAUUUUGACGAAAGGGUUUGGAGGUUUUUUCCUAGAGUGAUAAUGCAUUAUCAUACUCAUCAUGACUCGCAUUUCCAUUACAUUCAUGUAUUUUUACGUUACUCUCUUUAUAAGUGAAUCUUAAAAGAGAUUGUGUUCUACAGACUGAACUUUUAUCUAUUUAUAUUGUAAUUUAUCAAAAAACAGAACACUUGGGAUAAUAUCGAGUUUUCUGUUUUUGUGAUGAUUUUUAUUCUAUGUGUUCUGUAAAUGAUAUUGAAAUUAUCUUACACAUUAUUUGUGUACAGUCAUCUAA